AAAUAAAAGUGAAGAAGAGAGAAAGGUGUUAGUGGUCGUUCCGUUUGGCGCCUGGCAUGGCAAUGUUCCCCAGGCCCUAACAACUUUCUCUCUCCUCCGAUUAUUAUUUCUCUUUUCCCAAAGCACUCUUAGUCUCUCUCUCUCUAUAAUCUUAUUCUCUACAACACCAGCAUUAUUACCGUUAGAGAUUUUUCCAACGGCUUCUGAAAUAAUGUAACACUCUCCUCAAAAAAGCUUAUCGUUAAAAAUGCAAGAGACGCUCCUCACUCUCUCCGAACACCAACAAGACGACAACAACAAAGACAUCGAGCUGCUCGUGGUUCCUCCGCCGCCGUGCCGCCGCCCUCCGCGGAUGGCGCGGCGCGUGUCCCCCGGCGCGGUGGAAAAAGCCCUCCCCAACGGCGACAUCUACAGCGGAAGCCUCUCCGGCAACGUCCCGCACGGCACCGGAAAAUACCUCUGGUCGGAUGGGUGCAUGUACGAGGGCGACUGGAAGAAAGGCAAAGCGUGCGGCAAGGGCCGCUUCUCGUGGCCCUCCGGCGCGACCUACGAGGGCGAGUUCGCCGCCGGGAGAAUGCACGGCCGCGGCACCUUCGUCGGCGUCGACGGCGACACCUACCGCGGCGCGUGGCUCUCCGACCGCAAGCACGGCUUCGGCGAGAAACGCUACGCCAACGGCGACGUCUACGAAGGGUUCUGGAGGUGCAACCUGCAGGAGGGGGAAGGGAGGUACACGUGGCGCAACGGAAACAACUACGUCGGAGAGUGGAAGGGUGGCGCCAUCUCCGGCAAAGGCGUGUUGGUGUGGAAGAACGGGAACCGUUACGAAGGGUGCUGGGAGAACGGGGUUCCGAAGGGGAGAGGGGUGUUUACGUGGCGCGAUGGAAGCACUUCCUCUGGGAAUUGGGGGAAGGAGUUCGUGAAUGAGAAACGCGUGUCGGUGGAUGUCUGUAGUAAUCACAACAAUAAUAAGAGUGUGAGUUUUCCCAGGAUUUGUAUUUGGGAGCUUGAUGGUGAAGCUGGGGAUAUUACUUGUGAUAUUGUGGAGGCUUCUAUGAUUUAUGGUGGUGGUGGAGGAGUGUGUGAGAGUGAUGUACAGUUGCAGAAGAGUCCUUGUGGUUCUGUUGAUGGGGAUGUUAAGAAACCGGGUCAUACUGUUUCUAAAGGCCAUAAGAAUUAUGAUUUGAUGCUUAAUCUUCAACUGGGUAUUAGAUACUCUGUUGGGAAGCACGCUUCGGUUUUGCGAGAUCUUAGGCCGGGGGAUUUUGAUCCCAAGGAGAAGUUCUGGACUAGGUUUCCUCCAGAAGGGUCUAAGUUUACACCUCCACAUCAAUCUGUGGAUUUCAGGUGGAAAGAUUACUGCCCUGUGGUGUUCAGACAUCUAAGGGAAUUGUUUGGGAUAGAUCCUGCGGAUUACAUGCUUGCUAUUUGCGGCAAUGACACACUUAGGGAGAUGUCUUCUCCUGGCAAAAGUGGAAGCUUCUUUUACCUCACUCAAGACGACUGGUUCAUUAUCAAAACCUUGAAGAAGUCGGAAGUCAAGGUGCUCAUCAGGAUGCUUCCAAGUUACUAUCAACAUGUGAGUCAGUACAAGAAUUCGCUGGUGACAAAAUUCCUGGGGGUUCAUUGUGUCAAACCUAUUGGAGGUCAGAAGACUCGGUUUAUUGUGAUGGGCAAUGUAUUUUGUUCGGAGUAUCGGAUCCAUAAGCGGUUUGACCUCAAAGGUUCUUCUCAUGGUCGUACAACUGAUAAACCCCGGGAGGAAAUUGACGAGACUACCACUCUUAAAGACCUUGAUCUUUGUUUUGUCUUCCGCCUGGAACAUUCUUGGUUUCAAGAGCUUAAAUGGCAACUUGAUAGAGACUGUGAAUUCCUGGAAGCAGAGGGAAUAAUGGAUUACAGUUUUUUGAUUGGCCUUCAUUUUCGUGAUGAUAGCUCAGUUGAUGAAGUAAAGAGUUUACCAGACGAGUUGUGUUCAGGCAAGAGAGACAUGCAAAAUGAUGACAUACAGGAUAUGAAGUGGAUACCCAUAGACCGGGGACCUCUAAUUCGUCUGGGAACAAACAUGCCUGCCAGAGCAGAGAGAGUGUGUAAAGCUGGAUUGGAUCCGCACACUGGUACUGGAAGUAGCAAUUCUACCCCUUCAGAGAGUGGUGGUGAGGUCUCUGAUGUAAUCCUUUACUUUGGUAUAAUUGACAUUCUCCAAGAUUAUGAUAUAAGCAAAAAGCUAGAGCAUGCAUACAAGUCACUGCAAGUGGAUCCCUCCUCCAUCUCAGCCGUUGAUCCCAAGCUAUACUCCAAAAGGUUUAGGGAUUUCAUACACAGAAUCUUUGUGGAGGACAAAUGAUAGAUAGAUAUUCUUGGAGAGAGACAGUUGGAAUUGAAACGGGACCAACUUGGGCUUGGUGACACCUUAGCAUCAGGGAUAUAUAUGUCAGUGAAUGCUGCAAACGUUGGCGAUUUAAAGUUUCAACAGAGAUGUUGGUGUUAAAAUUAAAAACAAGUAUUGGAAAGGAGGCCUUGGUAGUUAUGGCUAAAUUUUUCUCAUAGCUAUAUGAAAACCAUUGGAAAAUGGAAUGAACGAUGAAAACUGGAAGGGGGAUGGAAAACGGCAGGGGAUAUGAUUUUUUGUUUUUUCAUUGAGGUGAGAGAUUGUGACCAUAGUGUUUGUUCAUGUAAUGCAUCAUAAGGCAUGUGAUGAGAUAUUCUCUUUUGAUGACUUUUGUUGUGGUUGUGGUUGUGGGUGGAGAGAAGGGGGGUAUAGGGAAUGGAAAAAUGGGUAUAUGGAUAAUAUGGAGGGAUUCAUAUUUGACUGGGGGUGGGGGUGAAAUAACUGUACAGACAGUCAAAGAUGGAUAAUGGAAUUGAAUUGAAUGAACAUACAUUUUUGGUUGGCGAGAUCAAAAAGAGAUGGUUUGCCUGAUGAGCAAGAAAGAAAAGUUCCCACAGAGAGGACCCCUCUGUCUCAGUCUCUCUCUCUGCUGUUUGCAUUCAAAUGGGUGUUUUCACUUUUGCAGUGAAUAAGGCAUAAAAAGAAGAGAAAAGCACAAGAAAGAAAGAGUUGGGUGUUUCCUUGGUUCAUGUUCUUUCUUUGUCACUCUAUAUACGAAGUUUGAAAAAGCAGAAUAACAAUAAUACAAGGGGUGUGUCCUUUUUUGCUUCUUUUGAACAAUACCAAGAAGCCAACAACUUGACAAAGCAAUAAAUUUGGGCACGUAAUGUGAACCUGUUUCGUAUUUGAGAGUGAUAGCUAUCCAUGCAUGUUGUGCCCCGGUAUUUCUUUUAAUAAUAAGAGAAA